AUGGCAGUCAGACUGUGUGAUGUGGCUUCUCUGCUUAGAAGUGGUUCGUGGGCAGCAGAGCCUUGGACCGGGCAGGUAAUUGCUGCCAUGGAAACACAACUGUCUAAUGGGCCAACUUGCAAUAACACAGCCAACGGUCCAACCACCAUAAACAACAACUGCUCGUCACCAGUGGACUCCGGGAACACAGAGGACAGCAAGACCAACUUAAUAGUCAACUAUCUUCCUCAGAACAUGACACAGGAGGAACUAAAGAGUCUUUUUGGGAGCAUCGGUGAGAUAGAGUCCUGUAAGCUUGUAAGGGACAAAAUAACAGGGCAGAGCUUGGGAUAUGGCUUUGUGAACUACAUUGACCCUAAGGAUGCAGAGAAAGCUAUCAACACCCUGAAUGGAUUGAGACUUCAAACCAAAACAAUAAAAGUUUCCUAUGCUCGCCCAAGUUCAGCUUCUAUCAGAGAUGCAAAUUUGUACGUCAGUGGACUUCCGAAAACAAUGACACAGAAGGAGUUGGAACAACUUUUUUCACAAUACGGACGCAUUAUUACUUCUCGUAUUCUGGUUGACCAGGUCACUGGCAUAUCAAGGGGUGUAGGGUUUAUUCGAUUUGACAAGCGGAUUGAGGCAGAAGAAGCUAUCAAAGGCCUAAAUGGCCAGAAACCUCCUGCUGCCGCAGAGCCAAUCACUGUAAAGUUUGCUAAUAAUCCAAGCCAAAAAACAAAUCAGGCCAUCCUUUCCCAGCUGUACCAGUCUCCAAACAGAAGGUAUCCAGGACCACUAGCUCAGCAGGCACAGCGUUUUAGGUUGGACAAUCUGCUCAAUAUGGCUUAUGGAGUAAAGAGUAGGUUUUCUCCGAUGACCAUUGAUGGAAUGACCAGUUUGGCUGGAAUUAAUAUCCCUGGGCACCCAGGAACGGGGUGGUGUAUUUUUGUGUACAACCUGGCUCCUGACGCAGAUGAGAGUAUCCUGUGGCAAAUGUUUGGGCCUUUUGGAGCUGUCACCAACGUGAAGGUCAUCCGUGACUUUAACACCAAUAAAUGCAAAGGUUUUGGAUUUGUGACUAUGACAAACUAUGAUGAGGCUGCCAUGGCGAUAGCUAGCCUCAAUGGAUACCGUCUGGGAGACAGAGUACUGCAGGUCUCCUUUAAGACAAACAAAACGCACAAAGCCUAAUGAGCUCUUGUCCU